UGAAGCUUAUUGCUCCUCGAAUUCGUCGUUUUCGAUCAUUUGUAAAGUCAUAGUCUACCUGUAAUACAUUCUAAUAGAGGUGCCUGUUGUAAAAAGACGAUUUUAAUGGAUAUUCAAUUAUUAUCGCUAUAUGACUCAACCAGAGGAAUAAACAACAGUUUAGGCUUUUUCGCAUCCGCGUUUCAUGAAUCUGUUUGUGAGAUAUCAGCAACUUUCUGAUCGCUUUUAUAUUAGCGAGAUAGUAUAAAAAGGAACAAAUUAGCAGAGAAUAACUAUUCCAAGAUACGUGACGGUUUUUAACAAUAUUAAUUUGUGAGUGUGACCUGUGAAAAAAAAAAUAAAAUGCUCUCGGAAAAAUAGGCGCUGGACAACAACAAGGUUCAUUACUGAUAAACGUGAUCGGCUAUAAAACAAGAAAGAGAAGAUGACAGAAAAACAUGGAUACGAUGAUUCUGGCAUUGGCUGUUCGCCUCAGAGUAUCAAAUUGGACGGGGAACGGAAUGAAACGCUAUCCCUUCCAAAUUACUUUCAACAAUCGCUUAUGACUGAAUCAACAAAUCUGAAUUACUCUGAAUUGAUCAAAACCGAAACAGAAGCUUUUCGAAAACGUGGAGACGUUGAUCAUGUAUUUACAGGUUCUGUGAAAUGUGAAUUGUGUGACUUUAAGCCCACAAGAUUAUUUCAAUAUUAUCAUCAUAUAAUCGUGCAUUGCAAAAGAAUGAGCGAUUCAGAAUCCGAAAUUGAUCCAGCGCCAGCGCUGAAUACCGAGUCUCUCUACAACGAAGAUAAUUUUCCUGAAGAAAUUCGAAGCAAGAAGAAGAAACGACGUAAAAACGUCAAACCAAAAAGAUGCAAACUUCGUGACUGCGACUUCGUAACGACAAAGGGAUCCGAUGUAACAGAAAUGAAAAAGGAGCUUUGGAUGCACAUGCGUAAGAAUCACAAGUACCCUCUCGCUUGCCGUCUUUGUCCUUUUGUUACCGAACCCAAACAUCAUAUGGUUUACCAUUGGCUCGGUGAUCACACUAAACUCAGACCAUUUAAAUGCGAGGAAGCUAACUGUUCAUACAGUUGUGUGGCCAAGUCAAUGUUAAACAGUCAUGUGGUACGUCAUUGGAACGUUCAUCAGUACAAUUGCAAGGAUUGUCCUUUUAAAGCCAGAUUACUUCAUGCAAUGAAGAAGCAUAUGAAAGAGAAAAAUCAUACUCAUGUGUUGGUACUGAACGAGGAUGGCACGCAGAAUGAAACGGCCGUUAUCGAUGUAUACAGUAAAAAACGUGGACCCAGACGAAAUACUGUCGUUAAAAAUCAAGACAAAUCGGAUCAAAGUGAUCUUAACCAGUCAAGUUCAUCAACAGCUUCUCCAGAACCACAAGUCUCUUUAGAACCGUUAAUCUCUCAUUCUCAGAUUCAGCAACAAUUAGUUGAGUUUGAUAAUAAUAUUAACAGCAAUAACAAUCAGUCAAAUUUUUCAAUGAUACAUUCAACGGUGUUGAAAAUGCUACACAAUCUGAAUAAUCUUAUAUCAGACACAAUCCUCAAUUGGAAAAACAAUCAAAAUCCGUCUUGUUGGAAUUAUGUCAUCUACAUGUUUAAGCAUAUAUUCGGUGAAAACAUGAUAUCUUAUAUGAACAUAGAAAUGAGCAAUGAUUCGCAGAAUCGUUUGGAUUAUUUGUUUUUUAUGCAAAAAACAGUUGAUUUCUACAUCGAUAACCUAAGUAAGAUUGACCGUAACAAUUUCGAAAUAAUUAACAAUUCUGGAGCUGGGCCUAGCAACGAUAAAAACGAUGUUAAUCAUACUCACAAAUUCGCGAUAUUCGAUGAAUUGGAAUAUCAGCUAAAAACACAGAAUAUCUCUACAAUAGGCCGUGCUAAUCUUGAAACACCUAACAGCAAAAUUGGUCCUAUCGAUUACAAAAAAUAUAUUAAUCCAACCUCGACAUCUAACAAACGGAAAGCUGAAUCGGAAGAGUUGGAUGAUAUAGGUAUGACUAGCAAUAAUUAUUUCAAUCUAACUAAUAAUAAUAAAACAGGUUCUUCCAAUAAAAUUUCUGACGAAAUUUCAACAUCCGAGAAACUAGAGUCUCAGCCACAAAUGCAAAGCGAUAAGAUUCUAAAUCAACCAUCGAGUAUCAGUAAAUUCAAGAUUACCGGUGCUACUAAACGUAAAAGUAAAACACAGAUACGUUUUGUAGUAGAAGAGAAUACGGAACGAAAUAAAAUUACAUCUUUCGAGUCUCCGAACAGUAAAUACGAUUUACAAAAGAAAAGCCAGAUUAAUGUUACAGUAAACAAUGUAAAUUUAAACAACUGCAAGUUCUGUGACCUUACAUUCGGAAAUGAGUUUAUGCAUGUUAUGCAUAUGCAAUUUCACACCAUUAAUGAACCAUAUACGUGCAACGCAUGCGGCGCAAAAUGCGCUGACAGCUUAACUUUUAAUAGUCAUCUUAUUUAUGGAAAACAUUAAAAUACAAGUGUAAUAUUAAGGAAUGUCAACACUAUUUAUUGUGCGCUAUUACUACUAUU